AUGCGCACACCUCUCCCAUACCCGGUCGCCUUGGAGAGACUCUACCACGCCGCCCAAGGUGCGCGUGAAGCCGUGGAGGCUGAAGAUGUCCACAUCACGGACUGCUUGGGACGUGUUGCUGCCAAGGACCAUCGAAGCCCCUUCUCGACUCCGCGAUUCGAUUCUUCGGCAAUGGACGGUUAUGCUGUCGUUUCCGAUGCAACGAAAUGUGCAACCUUGGAGAAUCCACUGGCGUUUGUAAUCAAGAAGACCAUUCAGGCUGGCGACCACGAGCCAUGUCUACUUACACUUGACCGUACCGACGAUAUGCCGCCAUGCGUGCGGGUCAUGACUGGCGCUCCCUUCCCAGUACUGGACGACAUGGAAGAUGGGAAAUCGUUCGACGCUUGUGUCAAGUGGGAAGAUACAGCACAGCAGCCGGGCGCUCGAAAUGACAUAAUCUUAAUCACAAAGCCUGUUCCCGCGGGCAUGAACAAGAGGCACUCAGGGCAAGAUAUCAAGCAAGGGGAUGUCGUCCUCAGGGCUGGGACAGUCAUUCGAUCUACCCACGUCAUGUGUCUGGCAUCUGUGGGUAUCACUACUGUGCGUGUGGUCAGGAGACCGCGUUGCGGUAUCUGGUCAACCGGCAAAGAACUCCUCACGACUCAAAGUCCAAUUCCAGAUGUGAACGGACCUUAUCUAUCCUUAGCAACGCGGGAGUUAGGAGCGGACACGGGGUUUCUGGGUAUCUUACUAGACGAAAGAAGCGUCUUGAGACAGGAAAUUGAGAUUACUCUGCUCCGAGGGCCAUGGGAUGUCUUGCUAACAAGCGGUGGAGUGUCAGGAGGAAAGUACGACUUUGUGCGGGAGGUACUAGAAACUCUGGGAGCGACGAUUAUUUUCCAUGGAUUGGACAUCCGCCCUGGGCAUCCUGUUCUCUUUGCUACCUUCCAAAGGCAGACUGGUCAAGGGUUGACAGCUUUCUUCGGACUUCCAGGCAACCCAGGCGCAGCAGCUGCGUGCUUCAGAUUCCUCGUUGUGCCGUACAUAAGGCGGUUUAUGGGUCGGGAUAUCGAAACACCGCUUUCUGUGUGCUUGGAGCCAGGAACGACAAGACUACCUAAUGGAAGGCACUCUCAAAAGCAUGCGAAAUGCUCUUCCAGCACACUAGACCGAUUUCAUCAUGGUAUUCUCAGUCGAUCAGCAGUGGGAACAAUGACAGUCAAGCCAACAAGCGACCAGAGUCCAGCGAAGCUCAAUGCCUUCUCGUUCGUCAAUUGCUGGAUUCAUUUCAAACCUGAGCAAGACAGCGAAGAAGGAACUCUUGUGGAUUGCUACCCGACAACAAGUUGCAAUAUCAUUAGAGAAGCAUAA